UCACUAUAAAUAGUUGAUGGUUGUAUUCAUAUUUAACUACAAUCUAAUCUUAGUUGAUCAAGGAUGAACACAAAGUCUAUUAUCUUUGUCUCCUUUAUUUGUGAACUUAUUUUUAUCUCUGUUGUGACAAUUGAGCCAUCCAAAGAUGAGAAAGAAUUUUGUGAAAUAGAAGAAUUCAAAUUAAAAGUUUCAUGGAGACCCCCGGGUGGAAGUUGGACAAGCCAUGGAGUAAAAGGAAAGGGUGGUAAAGGAGGAUCAAAAGGUGGAUCAGGCACAGGAGGAAAUGGUAGUGAAGGAGGUGCACAAGGUGGAGGUGAACAAAUCGAAGGUGGAAACGAUAAAGAAAGUGAACUUGAUGGAGGAGGAGGAGGAGGAGAUCAAAUAAUAAAAUAGGUUGGGGAUAUUUGAAAAAUUGGGAAGGUUACAGUGGUGACAUAAGUAGCAAAAGUGAACGAAAUCAAGGGCCUUCAUGAAAUCCAGAUGAAUGAAUGUGUCUAUUCCUUUCUAUUAAGUAUGUAAAAUAAAACCAUAAACUCUCUUUUAUUCCUUGUCUAGUCUAUAAUAUGAUGAACAUCAUUAUCUAAAUUAGUUUCUUUUACCAUUGUCCUUGGAUUGUACCACUUAUAUUAUCAAAUCUAAAUGGAUAAGAAAUACCAUUAAAUUUUUAGAAAGCAAAAA